GCGAAUAGGGAGUGUUGGAGACAGCCAACAGUGCAAGGAACGGCAAUACGGGUAGAAAGAGAAACCGUCUUGCUUUCGAAAAUACAAAAAUACGAUAACGGAGCUUCGUUGUAUGUCCUCGGUUCACACACGGCCAUGCCAACGACACAGCGAUGUAUUAUUACUGCAAUUGGAAUAAAAUGAGCGCCAGUGCAGCCGGGCCCGGAGUGGAGAGUUGCGGGGCCGGGUGUCCGCAUAGCGCUAGCCGCUGCUGCGGGGGAGGAGGCUGCGGUGAGCCCGUUAGUGGCGACGGAAGCUCGGCCGCUGCGGCUACAGCCACCAGCGCUGCCCCAGCGCAGAGCCCCAGCGUAGCCGAGGCCCAGGCGUUCUGCGAAUGGGACGAUGACACCAAAACCUCCAUCGAUGAGUAUCGGGCCCAGAAAAUGAACAAGGAGGGAUUUUUUGCGAACGGUACUGUCGAUAUCACACGGGACAGAGACGAAUGUGCGGAUUCGGGGAAAUACGGACGCGGGCGUUUUUGUAGACAAAGCACAGGAGCGGGUGAGGAUAACAGGAUUAAAAUUGAUCUCGAAGUGGGUGAUCGUCGGUGUGUUAUGAGCGCUCUGACGCGAAGGGACGAGCGCAGAGCGACCGCGAGACUGCAGCCGCUGCGCACCGGGAGAACCCUACGAGGGCAGACGGCACGCACCGAGACCGAGGGCUCGAUGAUCACAGCCGCUGCAAGGUGUGGUCACGGGAAUCCAGAGCCCGCAGUCAUCAAGCGGCGGGGAUGCAGUUUCACGCGAGCCUCCAAGAAGGUGUGUUUCUCCGGGAUAAGCUCGGUGACAUACUGCGGUAGAUCGGAUGCUGUGGGCCGCGGCCGUUCCAACGGGGAAGCUCAAGUGAAGGGCUCCGUGGGCAGCACGGAGACUUUCAAAUCCGGACGUCAGGUGGACACCCCCAAAAACAGGCGCGUCCAAUCCGAGAAUACCAAGGUUCGAAAAAUUAAUUUCGCAGAGGGUGGCAACGGCAUGGAAAAUACCGAGCUGCCCACAUGCAGAACGGCGAAGGGGCGCGUUCGAAUGUACAGGGUGCGUUCAUUUCUUGCCAGCUCUGCCAACCAUAACAACGGGGUCAGCGGAAACGGAGCCCCACACGUAGGUAUUAACAAUAGCUCCUCGUCGCAACCCUCCCUCCCGUUGUCUGACCAAGCCCCCGACCCUGAGCGUGACCAAGAACAGCCGCCGCAACAGUCACGACUACAUGGACGCGUAAAAAAGCCUCUGUGCGCCCUUGCAAUUAACUCUUCUCACACUGAAAGCACUCAGUCAGGGAGUGGGCCUCUUAAUGGGACAGAACACGGUGAAGGAAGCCCAAUUAUACAGAAUAAUAACCCAGCCAGGUGUGACAGUACAGGUGAGGGCCCUUCAGAGUUGGAGGGCCCCAGCAAUGAGCAGAUGGACACAGUCAGGGGGGAAGCUGAACUGCGGCAGGUGGAGUUGGAGGGUCGCACAGAUUACCUUUGGAGGCGCUUGCAGGCCGUUCAGGUGAAGCAAGUGGAGAGACAUGUUUCACAGCAGCUUCGUGGCCUAUACAGGAGCCCAGGUUUGAGCUGCACCAGGAGGCCCGGUGUCUUAUCUCGUAACUCAGCAGAGCUGAGCAGGUUGGCACGCAGCUGCAGCGAGAUUCUCCGGACUGCAGAGACUGCCCUGGACUCAGACCACACGGCCAGCAGCUCAGGAGGUGACAGUGACAGUGAGGAAGAUGAGGGAUUGGAAGGAGGUCGACGCCUACGACCCCUCCCAACAAAAUAUAUUGUCACUGGCAAAGAAUGGCAGUGGUUGGAGAAUAGGGCGUGGCUUGGGAGCAGAUGGGUGUGGCUGCAGACUCACGUAUCAGAACUGGAGUACCGAAUCCGAGCACUGACAGAACUUUACACACACCUCAGACAGGAAAAGGUGCGGACUGCUUACUCUGUGCUUGACACACCCCUCAGAACGUCAAAUCCCUCCCCCAUAUCACACAACUGCAAGUUGUCCUCUGUUGGUGAUCCAAACAGGAAGUGGCAGACAGAAGAAACCCCCACACCACAAACUGUGCCCAGUCCACCGUCUUCUGCUGCACGGGUUCGACCGUUACUCUGGCAACGGCGUCACAGACUUAUUCGCCUUGAGGAUUGUGCUGCGCUGGGCUCAAAGGCGGUCUCAUUACAGUGCUGGUGUGAACCCCCAACUUUGUGUGUGUUAUGUGGUGGUGCUCCUCCUCGCUCCACCUCAGACAAGGAGAAGGAUCUCUGGACACGUCAGGGCUGGCUCGAUAUGUCUGUUCACCCUGUCCUCUCUAUGCCAUCAGAUUCACCCCUCGCACUGCAUUGUGGAAUACGCCCGCUGGUCCGGCAUCAUUCUCAUAAUUCAAUUCAGUGGAUGGACAUGUCAACUGCUUCGUCUUGGCUGGGGAGGCGGGGCCAGGGACGAGCUGGGAGAGUGAGGAGGAGACUAGUUUGUCCCCGCCCACCCAAUACACUGCCUCCUUUAUUUAACACACCUGGUGGUUCUGGUUACAGAAGCCAGAGAGGUGUGAUUAGCCCAAUCUGUCUUCCUCAUCGAGCCACAGACUGGCCCACCCUGCUGGCAACACCCCCAGCGACAGACACACCUGCUCAGACUUUGCGAAGGAGGAGAGCGGAAAGUUCGUUUGACAUAGACAAUUUAGUGAUGCCUUUGGGCCUGGCUGGACUAGGAGCACGGGUACAGAAAUUACAAUACAAAGAGAUUAUUACCCCAAGUUGGAGAGAGCUGGACUCUCUCUCAGGGGUCUCCAAGAACCAGGAGCAGCAACAUGCCCAAUUGUUAAAUUACAUUAACAUGCACCACCAGCCUAAUGGGGAAGAACUGGAAAAUGAAGAGGAGGUGGAAGAUCUUUGUGACGCUGUGUUUCUGAGUCGCCAUGCUGUGUGUGAGAGUAGAGAGAGAAGUCGGUGGGGGAGUUGGGCUCGUAGACGUCGCAGGGGCAGAUCUUUUUCAUCCUACCAUGGGGAUGGGAAGAGCUCCAGUAGGCUGGAACAGACACCUGGCUCUCCAGAUUCCAGGCAGAGUCAUUGUGCAGAAGGAGAUGUCUCGCCAUGUAGCCCCUUCUGUACUACAGCAGAAGAUCCCUUCAGCAUGGCUGAGGAAGAACAGCAGGCUGUGCUGCCAUGGGAACGCCGGUCGUUCCCCUUGCAGGAAUCAGAACUUCAGUGGCUGCAGGAGGAGGAAGAGGAGGAGCCUAAUGAGGACCCAUGCACAGCCAGUGGCCGUAGCCAAAGCACAGACUCUGGAAUCUCUGUGGGCAGCCUGGAGCUCUCCCCGAGGACCCCUCAGCCCUGUCAGCAGCACUCAGGCAGCGAGCGAGCCACCCCAAACACACUGUUCUGCAAACCAGCCAUCCCGACAACAAACUCUACAGCUCAGGAUUCUACCACUCUUCCUCUUUCGUUGUACUCUCCGUUAUCAUAGCGCAUCAUUUCUCCACCUGCAUCCUCUCUACCCAGCAGUUUAGUUUGCAGGCCCAGUAGAGCCAGCUUGAAGGGAUAGUUCUCCUAAAAAUGAAAAUUCUGUUAUAAUUUACUCACCCUCAUGGUGUUCCACCUGAAUUACUUUAUUUCUUCCUUGGGACACAAGAGAAGAUGUUGGCUAAUGCUGACCAUUCACUUUCAUUGUAUGGAAAAAAGGUGUUAUGAAAGUGAAGCCUAACAUCUCCAUUUGUAUUCCACGAAAUAAAGAAAAUCAAAUAGGUUUGGAACAACAUAAAUGUAAAUCAUUUGAGGGUGAACUAUCCCUUUGAGGGAAAAACAGUUUCUUUUUGCUAAGAUCAAAUCAACAAGACCACACACCCUAAUGUCAUUGACCCUGUUAUCAUGAGUCCUCACAUUUGUCUAACUAUGAGCCCUCCUGUGUCCUUACAUCUUGUACCCUAUCCCUGAACCUAUUGGAGCCUUACAUGAAACCACAAAGCGUAUUAUUUAUAAUCUUCACCCAAAUCCUCAUCCAUUCAAUUGUCAAUUCUGUAUCCUCCAUCUUACCAGUUUCCCCACUGCGCAUUUCAAUACCCUUAUUGCUCUGGUCCUCCAUUAUCCCUCCUUUUAUCUCUUCUGCACCAGCCUGCCCCCCAAUACAGCUGCUGUUUGAUCCGACUCUACUCAGUUAUCUCCCAAAUGGACAGAUGGAAUGAGUUCCCUGCUGAAAAAAAUUUAAACCAGCCUAAGAUGGUUUGCUGGGGUCUCGGGCUGAUCUGUUUGUCCUUUUUGGACACUUUUCAGCUGGUCAGGCUGAUAAACCAUCUUAAACCAUCUAAGACAAACAAACCAGCUUAGCCUGGUUCAAGCUGUUCCCUUACGACUCAGUACACUUGACAUUGCGUGCUAACGCAUAUGGGGAGUGUCCUUCCACACGACCUAGUUGAAACCUCUCUACAAUAACGGCAAUAUUCUAAUAUUGGCUAUGGUGUUUGAGCCCUGCCCUUUUAGGUGCAAAGCUGUCCGCUAUAAAAGCAGGUGCACAAACAUCAUUCCUCAGAAUUUUCUUCCUUCAAGACAGUGAUUCAUCUCUAGUCUAGAAGCCCUCUAAUGCUUCGCCGUCGAUUACAUGAGUCAGCGGGCAGAAUAUUCACGGCAACAAGAGCUCUCAUGGAGAUAGACUGCCCUCACUGUGAGGGCAUGAGUCUCAAGACACUUAGCUCGCGAAUCGCCCUCGAUUACAUCCUCUCCAAUGUGGAUCACGGGGAAGAAAACGGUUAUUCCCAACUACCCCCCGAAAGAGGCGGUAGCGGCACAUCUCUGCCUGGCGAGUAGUUUCACGCCCCGUUCAUCUUUCUAAGCCGUGUCGACUAAAGUCUGCACUAGCUGAAAGAGCAUACUCAGUAGCGACUCCUCGUGAUGAUGGUGUUCCAAGCUUCAAAGCUAAGCUCCUCAAACUAAUAUACAAGCAAGGCUACGAUCCAGAGACCUUCAUAGAGCUCCGGACUUAGCGCUGCAAGCCACGAAAGUCACUGCACAGGCCACUGGCAAGUCAAUGAGUAACCUGGUGUUUUUGGAUCAUCACAUCUGGCUGACCCUCAUGGAAAUGCAUGACGCGGGAAAAGCCGCUCUGUUUGAUGCUCCGGUGUUGCCAGCCGGCCUUUUUGGAGGCUCUGUGAAUAGAAUUGCUGAGCGCCACAUCACAACUCCGCAACAAUCACAGGCUAUGAGACAUUUUAUACCAAAAUGGAGCAGUACUUCAUCACAACCAGAUCGCUCCCGCUCUGUCUCAGUCCAGCGCCCAGCUAAAAACCCCACACCAGCUGCCUCAGCGCCACCAAAUGUCACCGGAAAGUUGCUGGUAAAGCCACGCAAGCCAUGGCCCAAACGAAGGCAGCUGCCUCAGCGCAAGCUGUGCGCCAACGGUAAUUACCUCAGCCAAUCAGAGGCACUACUGAGCGUACACAGAGACUUGCUGCUUUGCCAUAUGGAAAAUCUGGUCUAAUGUCAACUGGCGAAAAGCACACUUUUCCCCAGCCAGUAAAUCUCCUUUUUAGGAGUUAAUGCAUACGCACCUCAUGAACAAGCAUGUACAGACCAAACUUCGGUGUCUGUUUCAGUACAAACUGAAAAAACAUUACCACAGAAGUCAUUUCAUUUUCAUGUGCUUCGCGGUAACUCACCACUGUCUGGCUGCUUUAGCACCAUAGACAGCGCCAGCCUUCUACCAACAGGGUGUUAUGCUGGGUCAAGUUUUUAGAAAGAAAGUGCUGACCUCAAAUGCAUUCAACACAGGCUGGUGUGGAUUGUGUAAUGGACGCCCCACUUUCGACACCUGGAAACAGGUGCGAAACGGCCGUGACAUGUCAACCGCCUAGAGCUACUGGCUGUCUUUCUAGCUUUGAGAGCUUUUCAUUCUGAUAUUGUGAAUCACCACAUUCUGAUUCGUUCGGACAAUGCAACAGUAGUGGCAUAUAUAUGUUGCCGUGACACGUUGGCCCACAUAUGACUGGCAAAAUGCAAGUAUGCACUUCCCCCAACGCGCCGCCUCCAUUCUGUCAUCAGCAAAAUCCAAGUGGGCAUGGAAACAGUUCUGUUAAUUGCGUCGAAAUGGCCCAAUCAGUCCUGGUUUACGGAAAGGAUAGAGAUGUUAUACAGCUCGCCACGGAAAUACUGCUGAGGAGGGAUCUCCUCUCUCAGGCGCAAGGCACAACCUGGCAUCCCCAGCCCAAGCUGUGGAACCGAUGUAUUCAGUCAUUAACACCAUUUUACAGGCCAGAGCACCGUCCACGAGACGCCUCUAUGCGCUAAAAUGGAAUGUGUACACUAAUUGGUGUCUUUCACAUGGCAAAGACCCAGUAAACUGCCCCAUACAUGAAAUUCUCAUAUUUCUUCAAGAGCGAUUAGACGCAGGACUCAAGCUGUCAACGCUCAAAGUUUAUGUGGUGACUAUAUUUGCAUAUUACGCACCUGAAGCCAGCACCACUUUAGGCAAACAUGAUUUAAUCAUAAAGUUCCUUAGAGGAGCAAGACGAUUAAAUCCACCUCAGCCGGCUACAGUGCCGACUUGGGACCUAACUUUGGUCCUAAAAGUGCUCGCAGGGCCCCCUUCGAGCCUUUGGACUCUGUUUAUUUGUGCAUGCUCUCCAUUAAGACCGCACUACUGCUGGCUCUGGCCUCAGUAAAAUGGGUCGGUGACUAACAUGCACUGUCAAUUGACAAUUCAUGUCUGGAGUUUGGCCCUGGUCUUUCAAAAUCCACUGUCAAACCCAGAAAAGGCUAUGUGCUUAAGGUCCUAACCACGUUCUUCAGAGCGCAGGUGGUUCACCUUCAAGCUUUCUUCCCUCCUCCAUUUAAUUCAGAUGAGGAACAAUCCUUGCAUUUGUUAUGCCCUGUGCGGGCACUACAUGUAUACAUUGAGUGCACCUGCCAGCUCAGACUGUCUUUUCAGCUCUUUGUGUGCUAUGAAGGAUGCACAAAAGGAAUGUUCAUCUCCAAGCAAGGACUUUCUCACUGGAUCAUUGAUGCGAUUGCCCUGGCUUACGAGUCGCAGGGUAAGAUCUGCCCAAUUGGUGUUAAAGCACACUCAACUAGAGGCAUGGCCUCCUCAUGGGCAUGGACUUUACAAGACAUAUUUUUUGCAGCAGGAUGGUCUUCUCAAAACACAUUUGCAAAGUUUUACAACCUAGACGUAACAUCUCUCUCUUCACAAGUCCUCUCUGUUUAGAGCAUUUGCUAUUUCGUUUGCCAAACAUAUACUUAUGCCCCUCCCCUUAAGUACGGGCUCCCCAUCAUUUUACACAACUGCCUGCAUCAGGCCGUUGUAAUUUACCAUAAAGUCACUAGCACUUUCAUUAUAAAUAAACUCACUUCCCGACUGGGUUUGUGAAGGGGUUAAUUCAUACUAUAUGACUAUAGUUCAUAUAUUCAUUCUGAGUGCUCCCCUCCUAGCCCAUCAUUAUGUUCACUCACUUGCGGCAUACUCAUGUCGGUCGACGUCCUGCGGGACUGUGGCAUCAUGUUUCCUCUCUGGAAGGUUAUGUCGUGUAGUGCGGCAUGAUGGGAUUCUGUUCCCCAUAUGCGUUAGCACGCAAUGUCAAGUGUACUGGGCCAUAAGGGAACAUCUCGGUUACGUACGUAACCUCAGUUCCCUGAGACGAAGAGAACAAGACAUUGCGAAUGCUGGCCACACUACAAGACUCAGAGUUCUUCUGAGGUGUGAGCGAUGCACUCCUUGUCCCUCGCCUAAAAGGGCGUGGUUCAAACACCAUAGCCAAUGUUAGAAUAUUGCCAUUAUUGUAGAGCGGUUUCAACUAGGACAUGUGGAAGGACUCUCCCCAUAUGCAUUAGCACGCAAUGUCUCAUUCCCUUUGUCUCUGGGAACCGAGGUUACGUACCUAACCGAGACGUUUUCUUUAGUAGGGUUGUCCACUAAUUACGUCUGUUUUGUUCUGUAUUAUGUUUUGGACCUGUCUAAAGUGUUUUCUUCAGCUGUGUCAAUCUCUUUCAUUUUGUGUUGUUGAAUCAUUACGUUUCGAGCUGUACUCGCUUUACAUUCGAGAACUUGAGCUCGAACCCAAACAGAUUUUCAAAUAUAAGCUCUUGGUUGAUGAUCUCCAUAUACAGGCACUACAUGCUACCCACUGUGUGAAUGUAUUUACUGGGAUGACUCAGUUACCUUAUUCAUAUGUUGUAUUGUAUGUUCCAUGGUGAUGUGUGUAUUGCCAGUCACCACUCUGAAUAUAUAAAUCAUAGCAUUUAAAGUCUGUUACAUGCUCUCUGGAUGCUGCAGUGGGCUGCCUGUAUGUUUCCACAAAAAGUAUGCUUUGAUUUCCACAUGACACGAUGUGUGUGCACACCUGUUAAAGAAAGCAUGAUAGUUCUUGUGUUUAUCCAUAUUUGGCAGAGAGUGUAUGCGUGUGUGAUUUAGACAGGUCCACUGUACUGCUGCAUUAGGGGGUAGUGUUGGUGAAUAAAAGUAUUUGUUUUGUAGAAAAACACAAGUGAAACAUAAAUGGAAGAUAUUUUAGAAACGAACACGAUGCUCUCAAUGCAAAGACGCAAUAAAAGGAAUAAACACAAAUUGACUA